AUAUUCAAGAUUAAAGCAGUGCAAUUGGCUGAGAAACUCCUUCCUGCCUUUAACACACCUACUGGGAUUCCCUGGGCAAUGGUGAAUCUGAAAAGUGGAGUAGGGCGAAACUGGGGCUGGGCAUCUGCAGGUAGCAGCAUUCUGGCAGAAUUUGGUACGCUGCAUAUGGAGUUUGUCCACCUUAGCUAUUUGACAGGGGACCUGGUUUACUACAAAAAGGUCAUGCACAUUCGGAAACUGCUUCAGAAAAUGGAUCGUCCAAAUGGUCUUUAUCCAAAUUAUUUGAACCCAAGAACAGGGCACUGGGGUCAGUAUCAUACAUCAGUUGGCGGUCUGGGAGACAGUUUUUAUGAAUACUUACUGAAAGCAUGGUUGAUGUCAGAUAAAACAGACCAUGAGGCAAGAAAGAUGUAUGAUGAUGCUAUUGAGGCUAUAGAAAAACAUCUUAUUAAGAAGUCCCGUGGAGGUCUUGUCUUUAUAGGAGAAUGGAAGAAUGGACACUUGGAAAAGAAGAUGGGGCAUUUGGCCUGCUUUGCUGGGGGAAUGUUUGCACUAGGAGCAGAUGGUUCCAGAACAGAUAAAGCUGGUCAUUAUUUAGAACUAGGGGCAGAAAUUGCACGCACAUGUCAUGAAUCAUAUGACAGAACUGCAUUAAAGUUGGGUCCUGAAUCAUUCAAGUUUGAUGGUGCAUUGGAGGCUGUGGCUGUCCGGCAGGCUGAAAAGUAUUAUAUCCUCCGUCCAGAAGUAAUUGAAACCUAUUGGUACCUAUGGCGAUUCACUCAUGAUCCAAGAUACAGGCAGUGGGGCUGGGAAGCAGCACUGGCUAUUGAAAAGUAUUGCCGAGUCAGUGGUGGAUUUUCUGGAGUAAAGGAUGUAUAUUCCUCUACUCCUACACAUGAUGAUGUACAGCAGAGCUUCUUUCUUGCAGAAACGUUAAAGUAA